AUGGUACGUUUCCGUUUACGAAAAUAAGAAAAGAUAACUUGUUUCUGCAAACUUCUCCUUUUAUCCACUCCUCUCACCCCUUCACUUCCUCUGUAUCAGCUCUAUAACACUUCUCGCUUCUACGGGGUGGAGUCGUUGGGCCUCGAUGGGUCCAUUUACACUUUCUGUUAUGGUUGAAGACUCUGCCAUUUCAUUACCAAAUGCUCAUACAAAGCGAAAACAGAACUCACUCCUGAGCAAUUCUUUUGCAUCAGUUAGCAUGGGAGAGGAAAGGCCAUUUGACUUUUUACGCACUUUAUUUGAGGGUGUUAUUGCCGGAGGUACAGCUGGAGUUGUUGUUGAGACAGCUCUAUACCCAAUUGACACUAUAAAAACACGUCUGCAGGCUGCUCGUGGAGGAGAAAAACUAAUAUUAAAAGGCCUUUAUUCUGGAUUGGCAGGGAACCUUGCUGGUGUCUUACCGUUCUUUCUUGAAGAAAAGCAAGCAAAUUGUAACUGCAUAAUCAUGUUGGCAUCUGCUCUAUUUGUUGGAGUUUAUGAACCCAUAAAGCAGAAAUUGCUGAGGAUAUUUCCUGAAAGUCUGAGUGCUUUUGCUCAUUUGACUGCAGGUGCCAUAGGAGGCAUUGCUGCUUCACUGAUUCGUGUUCCAACAGAGGUUAUCAAGCAACGAAUGCAAACCGGGCAGUUUACUUCAGCUUCUGGUGCUGUUCGCUUUAUUGCAUCUAAUGAAGGCUUUAAAGGAUUUUAUGCUGGGUAUAGAUCUUUUUUGUUGCGGGAUUUGCCCUUUGAUGCUAUUCAGUUUUGCAUCUAUGAGCAGAUUCGAAUAGGCUAUAUGCUUGCGGCACGAAGAAAUUUGAAUGAUCCAGAAAAUGCUAUUAUUGGUGCUUUUGCAGGUGCACUAACUGGGGCUAUAACUACCCCCCUCGAUGUCAUCAAGACAAGGUUGAUGGUUCAGGGAUCUGCAAACCAAUAUAAGGGAAUCGUAAACUGUGUUCAAACCAUUAUUAAGGACGAAGGACCUGGGGCCUUUUUGAAGGGUAUUGGGCCCAGAGUACUAUGGAUUGGCAUAGGUGGUUCAAUAUUCUUUGGCGUCCUUGAGAGUACAAAACGUUUUCUUGCUGAGAGGCGUCCUACACUAGCUCAGCACUCAUACUCAGAAGAAAGUAAAGAUUCUUAGUUUUUGUACCAACUUUUUUUUUAGUCUUCUUCAGUGCCCUUUUCCAAAUGCAAUAUUUACUUAAAUGCAGUAUACUAUUUCCUCAAUUUUCAAUUUUAAGCUUGAGAGCAAGAUUGUAGUUGUGUCUGAUUAUUUUCCCUUCUCCUUAUCCUUUAGUGCCUUUAUCCGGUUAUUUCCCUUUGUCCAACUGCUAAAAUGAUUUUAUGUAUGAGUUUUGAAAGCAUGACAUUAAUAUGAAUUGGGAUUAGGAUUCCUUGAUUCUUUG